AUGUCAAGUUUGGAGAAAGUGUUUACCGUUUUUGGACUGAUUGAAUGGGCGAAAGCAGACACGGAAACGGAUCAGACCAAAAAGAUCCGGAAACGCGGACAAUUUUACAUUCUUCUGUUAGAAACUGUUGGAGUCGAAAUGGCAAUUCUGCAGACGGUGGCCGAGCUGAUACGGAUCUGCCGGCAGCUGCAGAAACCGCUCAUCAUCGAUGCGGACGGACUGUUUCUCAUCACGCAGGACAUCGGACUGGUGAAGGAUUACUACGGUGCGAUACUGACACCGAAUGCCAUCGAGUUUUGCCGGUUGUUUGGGAAGGAUCGCGACCUGACGAUGGCGUCGCUCGCGCGGCUCGGGGCCGGCGUGACGGUGAUCGAGAAGGGCCGGAACGAUCGGAUCUACGAUUCGCAGACGAGCGAAAAGUACGAGUGCCCGCAGGGUGGUUCCGCGCGCCGGUGCGGUGGGCAGGGUGAUCUGCUGGCCGGUUCCCUGGCCACCUUCUACUACUGGGCGCUGGAGUCGAAGCAGGAGAUCAGCCCGGCGAUGGUGGCCUGUUUUGCGGCCAGCACACUCACCAAGACGUGCAAUAAGUACGCGUUCAAGGCGAAGGGACGCAGCAUGACGUGCACCGACAUGAUCGACCAGAUCCAUCAGGUGUUCGAUGACCUGUUCGAGCACAAGAAGGACUAGGGCUGUCCGUGGUGGUGGCCAGACCAAGGUGGCUCUCGGUGCACACGGGCCUCGCGCCUUUUCGAUAUCAUCUAUUUAUUGUCGUCGCCGUCAUCUUCCUGACUGUAUGGCUGCAGUUGAGCUGAGUAUCGCAAGGCAACGAACUUGGAGGGCAACCGCGACCCGGUCAAUUGCGUUCAAUGGUGGAUGUGACCUUGUACCAAGCACUGGAAACAGGAACUCGCUCCCGGGGAGUGAAGGAACAGAACUGGUGAUAUCGUAAUCGUAUGUUUUUAUAUCAAUGUAAGUGUAUUCGAACAUUCAGUCACUCGUCACGAUUAUCAUCUCAUUAUCGGCAAACAACGCAAACCUUACGAGCACCACUAUUUAACACUAACAUUUAUUCGUGGCGGAUCUAAGA